AAAACUAAUCUGAGAAGCCAGUUAGGAGGCUUUUCAAUCACUAGUUCAGGUAAGAGAUGGUGAUGGUAUAAUGUGGGAUGGAGAGGAAGGAUUAAGCUGAAAAAAUAGGUUUAAGAACCAUGUCCAGAAAAGAAAAAAACAACAACUUUGGGUGUAGUUACUGGUACAUGGAACUGAUUGGAAAAAAAACAGACCAGAGCUUUACUAGAUUUUUGAAGGAAUUGUUUUUGCAAACAAACUACAAGCCUGGCAUAUCAGUCAAGGUUCAACUAGAGAAGCAGAAUCAGUAGGAAGUGUAGAGAGAGGGUUUAUGCAGUUGUAGGGGCUAGCUAGGCAAGUCUGAAAUUUUGGGGGCAGGCUGUCAGGAAGGGCAGGUGAAAUUCAGGCAUGGGCUGAAGCAGUUAUCUGUAGGUGGAAUUUCUUCCUGUCUCUCAGGGAAGCUUCAGCCCUACUUUUAAGACCUUUCACCUAAUUGAAUCAGGCCCACCUGCAUUAUUCAGGAUAAUCUCCGUUACUUAAAGUCAACUGAUUAUGGACUUUAAUUACAUCUACAAAAUACCUUCAUAGCUACACCUAGAUUAGUGUUUGAUUAAACAAAUUGCAGCUAGUAGCCUAGCAAGUUUGACACAUUAAAAACAACACCUGCCAUGAUGGCUCACACCUGUAAUCCCAGUACUUUGGGAGCCCAAAGUGGGAGGAUGACUUGGGAUCAAGAGUUUGAGAUCAGGGUGAAUAACAUAGUGAGACCUUAUCACUACCAAAAAUUGAAAAAAAAAUUAGCCAGGUGUGGUGCAUGCUUGUAGGCACAGCUGCUAAGGAGGCUGAGGUGGAAGGAUGGCUUGAGCCCAGAUCAAGGCUGUGGUGAGUUGUGAUUGUGCCACUGCACUCCAGCAGUGACAAAGCAAGACCCCAUCUCAAAAAUAAAUAAAUAAAAAGAAAAACAACCUUCCACACCUGGUCUGAAAUUUUGUGAUUAUUCAGCCCUUGAAACAUCUUUCAGGUAUAGUGACUGCCAUAUUAUAAACUGGCUUCCAAUGGCAUAUACUCCAAUGUACAUUCAGAGUAGUGACUCUGAGGUUUUUACCAGGUAUGAAUGGUGGUACUGUCAACUGAAUAUGGUGGUAGAUCUGCUAUUGCUGGUUAGUUGGCGGUAUACACCAUGUGUCAAUGUGUCCAAAGCUUGAGGAUUCUGGGGAACAAAUAGAUAGACAUAUCUAGUGUAUAGUUAGAAAUUUAGUAUGAAAAUCUAUAAUGGUGGGAGCUAAAGUAAGAGUUUUGGGAUUCUUCAGUACAUAAAUCCAUAUUUCAAACUAUAGAAGUGGAAAAAAUAUUUAGGAAUAGUAUUUAGAUUGAAACAGGAAAGAGGAGGAUAACGCCAUGAAGGAAUACUAGCAUUAAGGAAGAAAGAACUAGUGAGCAAGUAAUGAUUAUUACAAGGCAAUAUGAGAGACAAAAAAAUGAUGUCAAAGAAGUCAAGAGGGGAAACAUAUCCAAAAAAUAAAUGAGCUGGGUACAAGGGCUUGUGCCUGCAGUCCCAGCUGCUUGGGAGGCUAAGGCAAGAGGAUAGCCUAAGUCCCAGGAGUUGGAGGCUGCAGUGAGCUGUAGUUGAGCCACUGUAUUCCUUCCAGCCUGGGCAACAGAGUGAGACCCCAUCUCUAAAAAAGCAAACAAAAAGUAGAUUAUUUCACAGUUAAACAAUGACAGCUUUUUCAAUAAAAUCAAGAGCAAGAAGGAUAUCAGUACUAUGAUUUUUACUCACUAUUGUGUUUGCUAACUUCUGUUCUUCUUACAGGUUUCAGUCUACAUGUUACUUCCUUGAGAAGCAGUGUUUGACACCCUUCUCCCCCAAUCCAGCCAUUCCCCAAGUCUGAUUAGAAACUGGAAAUGUUUCUAAAGUUUAUUUGGAUGGAAGUUUAGCAUUUCUGCUACUGCCUUCUACAAAGCACAACCUGUAAUUCAGUUCAUGUGUGAAGUUCUUGAUAUUCAUAAUAUUGAUGAGCAACCAAGACCUCUGACUGAUUCUCAUCGGGUAAAAUUCACCAAAGAGAUAAAAGGUUUGAAGGUUGAAGUGACUCAUUGUGGAACAAUGAGACGAAAAUACCGUGUUUGUAAUGUAACAAGGAGGCCUGCCAGUCAUCAAACCUUUCCUUUACAGUUAGAAAAUGGCCAAACUGUGGAGAGAACAGUAGCGCAGUAUUUCAGAGAAAAGUAUACUCUUCAGCUGAAGUACCCACACCUUCCUUGUCUGCAAGUUGGGCAGGAGCAGAAACAUACCUACCUGCCACUAGAAGUCUGCAAUAUUGUGGCAGGGCAACGAUGUAUCAAGAAGCUAACAGACAAUCAGACUUCCACUAUGAUCAAGGCAACAGCAAGAUCUGCGCCAGAUAGACAAGAGGAAAUUAGCAGAUUGGUAAGAAGUGCAAAUUAUGAAACGGAUCCAUUUGUCCAGGAGUUUCAAUUUAAAGUUCGGGAUGAAAUGGCUCAUGUAACUGGACGUGUACUUCCAGCACCUAUGCUCCAGUAUGGAGGACGGAAUCGGACCGUUGCAACACCGAGCCACGGAGUAUGGGACAUGCGAGGGAAACAGUUCCACACAGGAGUUGAAAUCAAAAUGUGGGCUAUCGCUUGUUUUGCCACACAGAGGCAGUGCAGAGAAGAAAUAUUGAAGGGUUUCACAGACCAGCUGCGUAAGAUUUCUAAGGAUGCAGGGAUGCCCAUCCAGGGCCAGCCAUGCUUCUGCAAAUAUGCACAGGGGGCAGACAGCGUAGAGCCCAUGUUCCGGCAUCUCAAGAACACAUAUUCUGGCCUACAGCUUAUUAUCGUCAUCCUGCCAGGGAAGACGCCAGUGUAUGCGGAAGUGAAACGUGUAGGAGACACACUUUUGGGUAUGGCUACACAAUGUGUUCAAGUCAAGAAUGUAAUAAAAACAUCUCCUCAAACUCUCUCAAACUUGUGCCUAAAGAUAAAUGUUAAACUUGGAGGGAUCAAUAAUAUUCUUGUACCUCAUCAAAGACCUUCUGUGUUCCAGCAACCAGUGAUCUUUUUGGGAGCCGAUGUCACUCAUCCACCUGCUGGUGAUGGGAAGAAGCCUUCUAUUGCUGCUGUUGUAGGUAGUAUGGAUGCCCACCCAAGCAGAUACUGUGCCACAGUAAGAGUUCAGAGACCCCGACAGGAGAUCAUCCAGGACUUGGCCUCCAUGGUCCGGGAACUUCUUAUUCAGUUUUAUAAGUCAACUCGGUUCAAGCCUACUCGUAUCAUCUUUUAUCGGGAUGGUGUUUCAGAGGGGCAAUUUAGACAGGUAUUAUAUUAUGAACUACUAGCAAUUCGAGAAGCCUGCAUCAGUUUGGAGAAAGACUAUCAACCUGGAAUAACCUACAUUGUAGUUCAGAAGAGACAUCAUACUCGAUUAUUUUGUGCUGAUAGGACAGAAAGGGUUGGAAGAAGUGGCAAUAUCCCAGCUGGAACAACCGUUGAUACAGACAUUACGCAUCCAUAUGAGUUUGAUUUUUACCUCUGUAGCCAUGCUGGAAUACAGGGUACCAGUCGUCCUUCACACUAUCAUGUUUUAUGGGAUGAUAACUGCUUUACUGCAGAUGAACUUCAGCUGCUAACUUACCAGCUCUGCCACACUUACGUACGCUGUACACGAUCUGUUUCUAUACCUGCACCAGCGUAUUAUGCUCACCUGGUAGCAUUUAGAGCCAGAUAUCAUCUUGUGGACAAAGAACAUGACAGUGCUGAAGGAAGUCACGUUUCAGGACAGAGCAAUGGGCGAGAUCCACAAGCUCUUGCCAAGGCUGUACAGAUUCACCAAGAUACCUUACGUACAAUGUACUUUGCUUAAAUAGUCCAAGUAUAUUCUCUGAGAGGAAGUACUGAAAGAUGAAUUGACAUACAACGUAUGUUUCCAGUGGAGUCAAUUGAGUAAGGACACCUCCAGCCAUACAGAAACCAACACUGUGUGGGGGCCAAGGUCUGAUCCUUAUGUUAAUACAAGGAAGAUUGUUUACUUCAUCAAGGAACACAGCAUCAUUAUGCAAUAUGAAACCAGCCAACUGCUUUUUGUGCGGUCUCCUGUAGGAAGUAUCGCAAUUGUUCUGUUUUCAUUUCUUGUAGUCUAACCCUUUUUAAUGCCUUUACCUCAAGUUGCUUGGCAGCACAACUAUCUUUGCAAAAAAAAAAAGUAAGAAAAAGUAAAUGAUGGUUUAAAAAAAUACACACCUUCAUGAAUAAUCAAAGUGAUUUUUCAAAAUUAUGUGUGCAAAAAAUUAAUGUGCAUUCAUAUAUUCUUGUAAAAGGUGUCUGUGUAUUUUAAAAAUAUAUACAUGCAUACUUCAUAUGCAUAUAUAUCUAGAUCUGGAUUAAUAAUAGAUAUAUAUGUCUGUGUAUACAUUCAUUCCAUUGGGGAGCUUUCUUUCCUUUUUAUUUUACCCCCACUACCACCUUUAUUUCUCUUAUUUCUCUUGCCUUCAUCACCUACAUUUUUUUCCUAAUGCUACCAGUGACAUUCAAAUGUUCACAUAUCUGGUUCCUUUGAAUGUAAAAUAUGGCAAACUAGAGUUCUACUUUUAUUUUGCAUACCCUACUUCUGACUCCUAUCUUAUACACAAUUCUGAGUCUUCAACUCUUGAUACUGCUGUCUUAAGAAACAAAAUUUUAUAUAUAUGUACACAUAUAUAUACACACAGACACAUACACACAUAUAUAUAUACAUAAAAUAGGUUUUUGUGAGAGUGUGUCUCUCCCUUCCCACUCUGAAUAUACAUUUGCCAUUUGUGCAAUGUGUAUAUAAGCAGUAGCAACUUAAACUAUUCUUUUUCUUUUUUCUUUUUUAAUUGAGACGGAGUCUCACUCUAUUGCCAGGCUGCAGUACAGUGGUGCGAUCUCGGCUCACUGCAACCUCCAACUCCCCGGUUCAAGCGAUUCUCCUGCCUCAGCCUUCCAAGUAGUUGGGACUACAGGCCUGCGCCAUCACACCCAGCUAAUUUUUGUAUUUUUAGUAGAGACAGGGUUUCACCAUGUUGGCCAGGAUGGUCUCGAUCUCUUGACCCCGUGAUCUGCCUGCCUCGGCCUCCCAAAGUGCUGGGAUUACAGGUAUGAGCCAUUGUACCCAGCCUACCAUUCUUUUUCUUUAGUGAGUUUGUUAAAGCUGCUAUAAAUAUAAAACCUGUCAGAAGUUGUAAUCUUUCUCUCUGAUAAGUGAUGUGUUUUCUGAAGCCUUCUGUUUCUAUAGGUAAUACAUGGAGAUUCUUUAAAGCUUUUAUAAAGGGUAAAUAUUUUAAAAGAUUAGAGCUCUGUAGGGUUGAGAUCUUUGAAAUUGAGUAAAGAGAAAGAAGGGGUUGUUGAGGGAUUUUUUUGUUUUGUUUUUUGAUAGUUACUUGCUGCCUCUCAUACCUUAAUGUGAUUUUCAUAUAUAUUUUUUAUAUAUAUGUAUGUGUGUGUAUAUAAACACAUAUGUAUGUGUUUGGAAGUAUAGCUUUCUUUUAUAUUUAUUAGAAUAGUGCUUUAACAAUUAUAGAAUUGUGUUGGCAGCAUCUUUUAUAGAAAUAUACUCAUGUUUAUUUUAAGAACUGACAACUUGUUUUUGCUAUCUUUUAGUGCAAUAAGCAGUUUUAAAGGAAAGUCAUGUGUGUUUGCAUCUUUACCAUGGAUAGUAGGAGGAACAGGCACCUUCAUAAUUUAAAAGGGCAAAGAAUACAGCCUUAAUUUCAGAAGGAAAGUUUUGUAAUUUUUAGUUUUAAAGCAUAUCUUUGAAAAAUCAUCACGAAUGAAGGCUGGGUGCGGUAACUCAUGCCUGUAAUCCCAGCACUCUGGGAGGCCAAGACAGGUGUAUCACCUGAGCUCAGGAGUUCAAGACCAGCCUGGACAACAUGGUAAAACCCUGUCUCUACUAAAAAUACAAAAAUUAGCUGGACGUGGUAGCAGGCACCUCUAAUCCCAGCUACUUGGGAGACUGAGGCAGGGGAAUUGCUUGAACCCAGGAGUCGGAAGUUGCAGUGAGCCAAGAUCACACCAUUGCACUCCAGUCUGGGAGACAAAAGCAAAUCUCUGUCUCAAAAAAAAUAUAAUGGAAAUGAAGUGAAAUUGCCUAAAUGAGUCCAACCUUGCAUAUUAGACAUAAAGCUGAAUUUUUAUUUAAAAGAAAUAAUCAUGAACAGCUUAGCAUAUUUAAAUUAUUUGCAAAUAGAUUGUGUUUGUUGAAGAAUCAUAUUGGCUAGAUGCCCAUUUUCAUUUACUAAAAUGAAUCAGGAAAAUGCAAGAUGAUAUUUUAAAACUUUUGCUAAUGUAUCACCAGUGUAACUUUCCUUUUAAAAUUAAGGUGAUAGUAACAAAGGAAGUUAGGACUUUAAUCAUUUUAAAUCGGUUAAAUCACUGAAGUGUGGGAAAUUGUUUCACAAAACUUUCGUUUUAUCGAUUACACUUUAAGGUAUUAAAAAGUACUAUAAAGCUAUCAAAAAACCGAGUUUAUGAGUAACAUUGGAUUCAGGGGAGCUUUGCACUUUGUAACUCAUAAAAAUUGCAUUUUAAUUUUUUUCCUUUUUUUGCACUGUUCAGAGUAUAGAUACUACAGAUUGUUUUCAGUGGGCAUUGUUCUUAGCCUUCCAGAAUUCCAUCUGCACAUGAAACCUAAUGGAUUUAGAUCUUUAGUUUCUCUCUUACCUGUAAUCCACUAUUAUUGCCAGUUCACUGUAUGUUGAGCCUAAAAUCUGAGCCCAUGUCCUCCGACAGGCAUGAAAUCUUUUAUCCCUCUGCCAGAAAACUAAGAAAGUACUGUAUUUCGUAUGUUUAUUCUUUUGAAGUGUCUGAAAUGCAAUUUACAACACUGUUGCAAAGAACUUUACAAAAGGUAAUACUUGUAUAGUAUAUACAUUGUUUUCUCCCAUCCUUCUCCUAUCUCCUCCAAAAAAAUUUCCUAUAAAAGAUGGGGUUUUUUUACACUGAAAUUUUACUGAAUACAGUCAGGAUCAUGGGCAAGAGAAGAAAAUAGUAUACCCAAGAUGAUAAAAACUUAAUUGGUCUAUGCUUGAUUAGUAUGAGUAAAACAUCUUUCCUUAUCAUGGGAACUGCACAGAUUCAUGUGGGAAACUUUAGGGAAUGACUGUAGAUUCCCUUUCUCUAUGUACUCUUUUACCUAAUUUUCAGUUACUCACAUAUGCUAGAGUGGAGCCCUUAAUUUAAAUCUAUUUGGAAGGACUUUUUUAAGAGAAAAAAUAUUUUUUCUAAAUUAUAAAGCUUUACCUUUUGAGUGAUUUCUUUUUUAGAGUGGUCUUACACUAGUCAGCAUUGCUAAUUUAAAGUUGAUUAAUGUCAAAGAAUAUGUACAUUAUAUUUCUAUUUUGCUUACUAACAAAUUGGUAUAUUUAUUACCAUUGGUUCUUAAUUACAAGAAGACUUGUGUUUAGGAUUUUAAGUUAAAAGGCUAAGUGACAAAUACUUAUUGAAAUUUGUUCUAUUUAUUGUUGCACUUCUGGUAUGGAAUUUCUAAUCUUUUUUGUUUAAAAAAACUUUUUUUUAAGUUAAACAUGAAACUCACAUUGACCCUUCUGCUCCUGCCCUUGCUCACUAACUAUAUGAUGAAUGCUAAAUUUUGGUCUGCUUUCUUCUAUGAUGUAUCUUACAAGAGUGACUGUAAAACAUCAGUCUUGGCAACUAGAUAAUUGAUUUUCAUGUGAAGAAGAGUUGGGAGUUUAAUGUAUAUUCUUGAUGGCUAAUGUAUCUAUGUAAAGUGCUGAUACAUGCAUUAUAUUACAGUAUCAGGUUACUGGCAUGGAGGACCAUUCACUUACAAUAUUGUAGCUGCUAUAUUUAUUUAAGUAGAGUCUGACUGUUACUGCACUAAACAAUAAGGAGAUAAGCAGGAUUUAAGGCUAGUGUUAGACCCUUUUUUUCCUAAGAGUAAGGACAGGAAAUAUCAAAGUAACAAAGGGUGCUGACAUUUUUAGUUUCAAUUUAAUAUCAGGAUAUUCUUUGUUUUAGAAAUGUAGAUUUUGACUUUUACAGUUUGCAAAGGGGUACCUCAGCCUCCCAGUACUGGUUUUGGCACGUUUUUACAGAAAUAUAGAUUCCCUUUCUUUUUCUUGAUAGUUAUCUUCUAACAAGUUUCUUGGAAAAAAAUAUUAUUCUAUGGGAAAUCCCUGUUUAUAACCUAUUAAUAUAUUUCUCUUCCUAGAAGAGAGUCUAGUAGGGAUUCUAGUAGGAAUGACUGAGUGUUUUGGAAGGUACUUGAUAGAGGCCUCUCUGCUUCCCAGCACAGUUUGCGGCCUUCUAAAGAUCUAGAUCAGUUUCCAAGCUAGCUUCUCCAUGACCCACCACUGCUUAGUGUUUACUUGUGUAUUCUCUAAUGUAUUUUAGGAGGACAGACCUUCUGACAGACAGAGUCAUGAAAGACUUAAGGCAUGUCUAGAGAAGUAAAAGCUGACUUGCCCUUUAGCAGGAAUGACUGGCAGAGGAUCUCCCUAUUCAAGGAAAGGGUGAGCACUAAGCGUGCUAUUGAUGGAUCCAAAGUAUUUAGAUGGAUUGCACACCAAGAAUUAGAGACCAUUUGUUACUCAAGGAACUUGAUGGAUCUGUUUAGAGACUAACCUGAAUUUUCCAAGGGCAGUGAUUUUUGAAAUUCAAGAAGCAAACAACUUGGAUACAGCUAGAAUAUAUUGUAGUCUUCCUAUUUCCAAUUCGAUUUUAAUUUUUUACCAAGAAGUUUAACUGACAACUCUGCAGAGUUUUCACUCACUCAGUAUCAUUUAACCUCAGUUAAAUGUUUGCUUAGCUUAUCCUCUUAGAUGUUCUUCUGUUGAACAGGCAGGUUGCCCUUAACAGUCACUUGCUACUUAAAUUACCUUUUAUUAGUUAGUCAAGCGCAAAAAGACAUCAUUAGUCUGGCAUUUUUAUUUUGGCUUUUUUUAUCCAUAUGAAGUAUUCAUUAUUUUCAUUCUUUUUGAGAAUUCAUAAAUGUCUUAAAGCUUCAGUAAGAAUUGUUGGAAGGUUUGACAUCAAGUAAAGCCUUCCUGAGUAGCAGUGUAACCCUAAUUUAGAACCCUUAUUUCCUAUUUCAGUCCUCAUAUUUAAUCAGACUAAAGCACUUUUGUGAUUCUAUAGGAGUCAAAAAAUAAGCCAGUAGAUAUGUGUGUACAGAAAUCAAAAAGUGAGAAUUUUCUCCAAAAAAACUUUUUAAAAUAUUUCUGUGUAUACUAAGAACAUUCUUGAUCAGUUGCAAUGUUAGAAAUAAAACUGUGAUUAGUGAAAGCCAAUCUGAGUCCCAGGACACAGGAAGGGGAGUAUGUGUGUGUGUGUAUAUGUAUGUAUGUAUAGUCUCACACACACAAAGGGAAAAACUAUCUUGACUUUUUUCCUACUUUUAAAAUGGUACAUUUAAGUUUAUAAUUUUCCAUGUCACUCAACAUAAUUUUUUAAACUAAGAUAUAAUGGUCAAGGCUUGUGCUAAUACUAUCUACUAAUUGAAAUUUAUAUUACUUUACCCAUCAAAACUAGUACAUCAGUUGUUUACAUCACUGAUUAAAUCUCAGAACCUUUUGUUCUUAAAAUAUGGAAGUUAAAGAUUUUAAUUUGAAUUAAAGAUAGAAGGAUGGUAAAUUCAGUAUAGAAGUUGAGAUUUAUCAGUGAGAAACCCUGUUGGGAGUAUUAGGUAAACAGUGUGACAAAAUUAGAAUCCUAUCAAAUCACCUAUCCAGCCAUUGGGGUCCCUUCUCUUUUGAGACUAAUGACUAAAGUAACCAAAAUCUAAUAUAUCUAUGUUAGGGUCUCAGUAAAGCAAAGAUGUUUGUCAGGGCAUAGACUCUUGAGUUAAAUUUUUUAAUCAUUUUUUAAAGCAAGGCGGUUCUUAGAAAGUGCCUUUUUCAGAAGAUGGUGCUGUAGAUUUUUAUUUUUCAAAUAGCACGAAGCUAAGAAUUUUAAAGAUAAAUUAUUUUAGAACUCCAAGAGUGUUGACAGUUUCAUAAAAAUAAUGUUAGUUGUCCUGAAUCUCGUGCAGGGGAACCAAGGAAAGUUUUUAUACAGUAAAGUAUCUAGGUAAAUGCUCACCAAAUUUAUUUUGUAAAUUUGAAAACAAAAUCUUUAGUAGAAUUAACCCUUUUAAUUCUCAACUGUCUUUGAGGAAAUCCAUAAUGCAUAUAAAACAGCCAAUCUACAUAACUUUUUAACAAGAUUAUGGGUAUAGUACAAGUGUCCAAAUGGAAAUGUAACUUGCCAGGAAUUACAGGCAACAUUUUCUGAUUAAUUGGUUUCUUUUGUUUUUUGUUUUUUUUUUUAUACAAAGUCUCACUCUGUCACCUAGGUUGGAGUACAGUGGCACAAUCUCAGCUCACUGCAAACUCCACCUCCUGGGUUCAAGUGAUUCUCUUGCCUCAGUCUCCCAAGUAGCUGGGAUUACAGGCUUGUACCACUACACCCGGCCUAAUUAGUCAUUAUUAAGGAAGACUGAACAUAAAGAUAGUACCAAGCCAUCAUUCAGGUAAGCUUCAGCAAGAAAGCAAAAUGAUGAUCUCUAUUGUUAGAGAAAUUUUCUUUUCUAGACACCAAGGAAUAUUGUAAAUGAUUUUUUAUGUUUUCCAGGAUGCAGGAACUAUGAAAAAUUAUGACAAGGCAUUUAAAAGGGUAUGAUCAGUUAAUUAGAAGUAGAAUGUGAAAAAUUGUGCUUAAGGGGAAAUAAGCAAAAGAAAGGAAAAUAGCAGGGCCCUUCAUACUAAUUAGAAUGUAGUAAUCUACCAGAGGACAGUUUUGCUCCAUAUCAGAAAGCAGUAAGUAGUAGUAAAUGAUCACCUAGGUAUUUCUUUCCUCUGAAUUUGGUGAGCAUUCUUCCAGAAAAGAAGACUAAAAGCAAACAAAAGAAACACCACACCUCAGUAACCUUGUAUGCUGCAUUAUAUAAUAAUGAUAGUAAAAUUAUACUGUUUGGAGUGUACUGUGUCUGUUUGCAAAUAAACAUUCACAUUAAACUUUUUUGUUUUUUAUAAUGUUUUAAUAGCAAUUAUGAGUUUAUUUUUGUUAAGAUUAAUUUUUCUAUUGUGAUGUUUAUAUUUAUUGGCAAUUUGUCUGCAACUUUUAUAUUUUGCUUACUUGUUAGUUUUAAGGUGUUUUAUUUUUAUAGAUAGUUCUAGCUUUUCCUCAUUCUUUGUAAUAGCAACAAAGACUAAGAUGAAGUGUUAAUAUACCAACCAAACUACAAAUUCCAUAAACUCUAGAGUUUUGAUUUUUACCAAUAAACCAUUAACACUAUUUUGUUACUUAGAAUAGUUAAUGUUGUUAUAUAGUGGGCAUUAGAGACAGUCUUUAGCCAGAUUUCUACAUGUGGAGGGGAGGUGGGCUUUUCUGUAAGUUUGACUUUUUUUUUUUUCUUUAGUAGCAAACUAACAUAACAGAUUGGAUUUAUUUUACCUGACUGCAGUUUUGAGAAAACCUGUCAAAUAAAUAAUUGUUACAUGCCUUUUUUUUUUUUUAACUUUAAGUACAUUGAAAGUGCUUAAAUGGUCACAUUGUUCAGCAUUAGGAUUAUGACACCAUUUUUGUAGGCCUGGAAAACAAAUAGCAAAUGAUUCAGAACUCAUUGAUAAUUGAUUUUGAAAUGAAAAGUUUUCCCCAUAAUUUGUUAUAUGGAAGAUUUGCUACCCUGAUCUUUUCCCUAGCAUAUUUCUAAAGUUGAUUCAAUCCCUGAGUAUCAGUGAAGAUAUCAGACUUUAAGUGGCUAGGGAGAGCCAGGUAUAAAGACUGAUCAGUAGAGUACUUCAGCUAAUUAAAAAUUUAAAUAGUAAUAAUUUGUGAAUGUAAAUAAAUUGAAGGCAGUAAAAAUAAUGAUUACAGAAUAUUAAGUUUAAUUAUAUAUAGACAUUUCAGUUUCCUAGUGACUAGGCUAAGGUUAUUUGUUUUGUGGCACAGUCAUAGUUCACUAUAAUUUCAAAAUCCUGGGCUCAGGCUAUCCUCCUGCCUCAGCCUCUGGAGCUGGGACUACACACAUGCGCCACCAUGCCCAGCUAGUGUUUUGGGUUUUUUUUUUUUAGAGUUAAGGGUUGCUAUAUUACCCGGGCUGGUCUUGAACUCCUAGGCUCAAGUGAUCUUCCCAUGUUAGCCUCCCAAAGUGCUGGAAUUAUAGCCAUGAGCCACUGCACCUAGCCAAGAUCAAGGUUAUGUAUAUUGGCAUGUUAACUUUUAAAAUAAAAGUACAUGAGGGCCGGGCGCGGUGGCUCACACCUGUAAUCCCAGCACUUUGGGAGGCCGAGGCAGGUGGAUCACGAGGUCAAGAGAUCGAGACCAUCCUGGUCAACAUGGUGAAACCCCGUCAAUAAUUUUGAAAUUAUAGUGAACUAUGAUUGUGCCACAAAAAGAAUUAGUGGGCAUGGUGGCGCGUGCCUGUAAUCCCAGCUACUCAGGAGGCUGAGGCAGGAGAAUUGCCUGAACCCAGGAGGCAGAGGUUGUAGUGAGCCGAGAUCAGGCCAUUGCACUCCAGCCUGGGUAACGAGUGAAACUCGGUCUCAAGAAAAAAAGUACAUGGGGUGAGCUCAGUGGCUCACACCCAUAAUCCCAGCACUUUGGGAGGCCGAUGAGGGCAGAUCACCUGAGGUCAGGAGUUCAAGACCAGCCUGGCCAACAUGGCGAAACCCUGUCUCUACUAAAAAUAAAAAUAUUAGCUGGGUGUGGUGGCACAUGCCUGUAAUCCCAGUUUCUCGGGAUGCUGAGGCAGGAGAAUCACUUGAAUCCAAGAGGCGGAGAUUGCAGUGAGCCAAGAUUACACCAUUGCACUCCAGCCUAAGCAACAAAAGUGAAAUUGUCUCAGAAAAAAAAAAAGAAGUACAUGGAAAAAGUAUGUUCCCUUAAGAACAUAAAACACUUGCAUUGUACUUUUACACCACGAAUUUGCUUCUUAAGAAAUUUCUGUAAGAGGUUAAACUCUAUUUCAUCCUCUGGGCUUUCAGUUUUAAAUUAUUAGAGCUCAAUAACUGUACUCUAGUGUAUUAUUCCACUGAGAGGCAGAGAAAUGGGUGUCAAGCAAUUAUAAAUGGGAAAAUUUUAUUUUUAUAUGAUGUGAAGUUUUACAGUUUAAAAUAGAUAAGCAUGUGAUUUAUUGUAGUUAUUAGCCAUUUCAUUUGUUUUUGCAUUUUUGCCAGUUACAUUAGUUUGCUCUAUGAUAUACUAUUCUGAGUUACUUCCUCCACCCCCACACAUCAAGUACUAAUUGUAUACAGGUAAUACAGAUUUGUACUCUGAUUAUAGGAAUUUGUUACUACUAAGUAAAAGCAAAAUAUGUGGCCAGGUGCGGUGGCUCACACCUGUAAUCCCAGCAUUUUGGGAGGCUGAGGUGGGCAGAUCACGAGGUCAGGAGUUCGAGACCAGUCUGGCCAAGAUGGUGAAACCCCAUCUGUACUAAAAAUAACAAAAAUUAGCUGGGCAUGGUGGAACGUGCCUGUAAUCCCAGCUACUGGGGAGGCUGAGGCAGGAGAAUGGCUUGAACCCAGGAGGUGGAGGUUGCAGUGAGCCGAGAUCGCACCACUGCACUCCAGCCUGGAUAACAGAGCAAGAGUCUGUCUAAAUAUAUAUAUUUCAAGUGGUCAGAUAUAUUUUUGCUGCAAGUAUAUGUCUUCUUUUAAGGAUAUUUAUUGCACUUAUAACCCUACUAGUUGUAUUCAUUACAUUUCAACAUGUCCUAGGUUGGCAGACAUGUAGUUCCUGAAGACCAACAUUUUAAAAGCUGCCUCUGGUCCUGUGUUUUCUUUUUGCUUCUGAAAGUUCAUGGAAACCUUACAUAUAGAGCUUAUUUUGCUGUUUUAACUGGUUGACUCGACAAAUCCUACUACCUGGCUUCAGUACAGCUUGACCACAGUGAAGUACUUGAUGGCUUGUUCACCUCUUUAGCUCACCUGUUUAGUUCACCUCUUUAGGAAGAAAGCUUUAUGGCCAGGUGCCGUGGCUCAUGCCUGUAAUCCAAGCACUUUGGGUGGCCGAGGUGGGCAGAUCACCUGAGGUCAAGAGUUCAAGACCAGCCCGGCCAACAUGGCAAAAAUCCCAUCUCUAUUAAAAAUACAAAACUUCGCUGGGCACAGUAGCAAGCGCCUGUAAUCCCAGCUACUCAGGAGUCUGAGGCAGGAGAAUCACUUGAACCCAGGAGACAGAGGUUGCAGUGAGCCAAGAUGACACCACUGCACUCCAGCCUGGGUAACAGAGUGAGACUCUGUCUCAAAAAUAAAUAAAUAAAUAAAAAUAUUUCUGCAGUAAUAGGAUAUCCCAAAAAAUUGCCAUGAACAGCCUCAUACGUAGAAACAGAUGGGAGUGUUGGUCAUUACAGCUUUGCUUUUUAAAUUUUAUUCUUUCCAAAAAUGGGCUGUGUGCUCAUCUAUAAUUUUAUGUCUGAUGUAUCGGAGGCAACGCAGAGACUAGAGAGGGAGAUUACUCUGAUAUUUAGUGCUUAAAACUUUCAUCUUGGCCAGGUGCAGUGGCUCAUGCCUGUAAUCCCAGCACUUUGGGAGGCAGAAGUGGGCAGAUCACCUGAGGUCAGGAGUUUGAGACCAGUCUGGCCAAAAUGGUGAAACCCCAUCUCUACUAAAAAUAGAAAAAUUAGCAAGGCGUGAUCGUGGGCGCCUGUAAUCCCAGCUACUCAGGAGGCUGAGGCAAGAGAAUUGCUUGAACCCAGGAGGUGGAGGUUGCAAUGAGCCGAGAUUGCACCACUGCACUCUAGACUGGGCAAUGAGUGAAACUCUGUCUCAAAAAAUAACAAUAAUUUUAAAAAUAGAAAUAAAAAAACUUUCUUCUUCAUUUUAUGGCUUUAUUUCAUUUUUGGUUGGAAGAACAAACAAAAAUCUCCUAAGUAUUCCUUUAAUAGUCUUUUUAGAACCAAAAAGGGAAAGACUGCAAAAAUGUUGCCUAUGUGACUCUUUCUCUAUUGUAAGAAUCUGUGGAAGCUGGAGGUCUUUGUAAAGAAAUAGACUAGUAGGAUUGUGAGAAUAUAUAGUGAGGAGGAAAUUAGGAUAAGUUUUCUUUGCUGGGAUCCUCGGACAGAAACCUUAGCAAUUGUUUAGUAUUUGCAGAGUAAAAGAGCAACCAUUGCUAUUUGAGCCUGCAGAAGAGACCUAAGAAGAGUUCCUCUGUAAUCUAAAUUUACAUGGUGUUGUCCCAGACAGACCCAAAGGCACACCUGUUCUCAAUAACGUAACUAGUCUUGGAAGUUGCUUCUGAAUUACAGUAAAGAAAUUAAAUGAAGUAUUUAUCCUUAAAUAGAGCCAGGCAUUGCAAUCAAUAUAGCUUUGGUUUUUCUCUUUAAAUAGAAAACACCAAUCAGGGCCUUUCCAGACAAGGUAGUCUUUCCUGAAAAGAAAAUGGUUUUGGUGUGGGAUUUGGGAAAAACACUGGUUAGUUUGUAAUGAAGAAGGAAUUUUGGCAUAAACAGUUCAACCCAGUUAAUGGAUACAGUUUGAUCCCAGGGAGUUUAACAAAAGGAAGCUUUGGUUUUGCUAGCAACAGACUUAAUCUCCUAUAAUAAUUAAUCGCAAUUAAAGUUUUCCAGGAGCUUUCUCAUUUCUUAGCCCAGGGUCCAGCCCCUCUUUUAAAAAGAAAGAAUAGACUGGGUGUGGUGGCUCACACCUGUAAUCCCAGCACUUUGGGAGGCCGAGGUGGGCGGAUCACAAGUUCAGGAGUUUAAGACCAGCCUGGCCAAUAGGGUGAAACCCGGUCUUUCCUAAAAAUACAAAAAUUAGCCAGGCAUGAUGGCGGGUGCCUGUGAUCCCAGCUACUUGGGAGGCUGAGGUAGGAGAAUUGCUUGAACCUGGGAGACAAAGGUUGCUGUGAGCAGAGAUUGCACCACUGCACUCCAGCCUGGGCAACAGAGCUAGAUUCUGUCACAAAAAAAACGAAAGACAGAGAGAAAGAGAAAGAAAAACAAAGAAAGAGAAGAAGGAAGGAAGGAAGGAAGGAAAAGAAAGGGACAAGGACUUAGAGGCAGUUUAUAUAGAAUACUGCUAGGGGUAACUUAUACUCUCAAAAUACUUGGGAAAGAAGGAUCCCAUACCACAGGUUAUAGCUUGAUUGAGAGACAGAUAUUUUAACACAUUUUCCAUGUUUGUCUUCUAAAGUUGGUUUCCUUUGACAUUCCCUUAUCUACUUACUUUAGAGCCACCAUUCCUAUUUCUAAUGCAAUCACUGUUUUAUGCCAUUUAAAUCACACAAUUGUUGUUCUCUUCCCACCACACACACACACACACUAACACACUGUUAAAAAUUAAAGAGAAGGAUAAAAUAAGAGAUAGAAUGAGGAUCGUUACUAUGUAACUUUAAUGUAGAUGAAAAGAAAUUCUAAAUUAAGUGAGAAUUAAGAUAGAAAGUGUUAAUGUUGCAAGUAUUAUCUCUAGCCAUGCUGUGGAGUGCUAAUGUGAACAGAACCUAUAUUAGGAAUAUGAUGUAUUAUAGCAAAGUGACAAAAUUAUUCUUGAAAUUAGCCAGAGUGGUGGUUCCCACCUGUAGUCGGAACUUCUCAGGAGAGUCAGACAGGAGGAUAGUUGAGCCCAGGAAUUUAAAGCAAGCCUGGGCGACACAACAAGACCCCAGUCUUUAAAAUAACUAACUAAAUAAGAAUUAUUCUUGAAAGUAAUAUUUUAACCUUCUGCCAACCAACAGAGAUCCUCAUAUUCUUAAAGAAAAUUAAUAUAGUUUAUGGUUUUGAUAAAUCCGACUCUGAUUUAAACUUUAAAAGGUUAGGACUUUUAUUCUGAUACAUGGCUUCAAAAAUAAGUUAAUAAAAAGUUGGAUAAAUUAAUACUUAACCUGUUCAUUUAUCUUCAUUUAUGUAUUUAUUUAUUCUGACUUUAUUAUACAGCUUAUGUUUCACAUCCAUCUUCUUGAUAUUUGCAAAAUAUUGUAUAAAACUUUUUAAAAACUCAUUCCAUUUCCUAGUUAAGCUUGGGCUGUAAGAGGGAAGGCAUAAAGUGUUCUUUAAUGUAGGAACUUUUGAAAGGUCACAACUGGAAAAAGCCUAUUGAGAAUGUAUUACCUUUGAGAAUAGAAAGGGCUCUAGCACAUGAGCAAGAGACUUGGAAUUCAGUAAUAGCUCUCCCACUGAUUUGCUCUGUGUCCUUCGGCAGUUCUCUUAAUUUUUGUGUGCCUAGUUUCCCCUUGUAAAUAAGAGUGGCAAUACGCAUCCUCACCUACCUCACUAAAUUAUUAGGGGUUUUUUGUUUUGAGUCAGGGUCUCACUCUGUUGCCCAGGCUGAACUACAGUGGCGUGAUCAUAGCUCACUGCAGCCUCCAACUCCUGGGCCCAAACUGUCCUGCUUCAGUCUCCCAAGUAGCUGGGACUAGAGGUACAUCCCACCACACCUGACUAAUUCUUUUAUUUUAUUGCAGAGAUGGGGUCUCUGCAAUAGAGAUGGGGGCAACUAUGUUGCCCAGGCUGAUCUCAAACUCCUGGGCUCAAGCAGUCCUCCUGCCUCAGCCUCCCAAAGUACUGGGAUUGUAAGCAUGCUCACUAAAUUCUUGUAAGAAUAAGAUAAUGUUUGUGGAAGUAUUUGAGUUCUCCAAAGGAAAAGCUAUUCAGACUUUCAAGAUAAUAGAAGAAUGUUGUGUGAAGGAUUCUUUUCCAGUUUGCCUCUGUGAAAGUGUCUUAAAUUGCCAUAGGUCAUUUUAUGAAACAGGAAUACGAGAAACAUAGGCUUUAUCAUGGUGUAGUGUUCACUGACAAGUAUAUCCUGUUGUUUCUUCCCGGGAAGAUACUCAGCACACAGGUUGAAUUUUUCUUUAUAAUAAUCCUUGGCAAAAGCAUAACUUUUCAAAAACCAAAUCAUUUUAGUGGUGCUAUGGCAGCUGCAAUUUUAUUUUCAGUUAGAUUAACGUGGUGAAACCAUCAAAUACUUAGAAGUUGGCUGGGCACGAUGGCUCAUGCCUGUAAUCCCAGCUCUUUGGGAGGCCAAGGAGGGCAGAUCACCUGAGGUCAGGAGUUGACCAGCCUGGCCAACAUGGCAAAACCCCGUCUCUACUAAAAAUACAAAAAUUAGCUGGCCAUGGUGGCGGAUGCCUGUGAUCCCAGCCACUUGGGAGGCUGAGGUGGGAGAAUUGGUUGGACCCGGGAGGGGGAGGUUGCAUUGAGCCAAGAUUGUGCCCCUGCACUCCAGUCUGGGCAACAGAGCAAGGCUCCGUCUCAAUAAAAAAAUAAUAAUAAAAUACAAAUACUUAGAAAUUAACUUCGCCUUUUGCCUUCAAGCACUUUCAUACGUGUUAGCAUCAGAGGCUGUUGUAUAACUAGAUAGUUACUCCCUUGUUUCUUGGCCAAUUUUUGGUACAUUUCUUUGAAGAAGAGGGUUAGAUUUUAAGAAAGUGUGCUUAUUUCACUCAUGGCUUUGCAGAAUUGAACUUUGCUUUACUUUAAAAAUUCCAGUCAUCAUGUACCUGUAAAGGUUAAAAUUUAGUGUAAGUUUUUGCUUCGUGUUCAUUCAGUUCUGAGCACCUGCAGGUCUUACCAGGUGUCUGAUGCAGUUAUCUUUGUAGAUCUAACGUUUCAACAGGCUUAUGCAUUUCCAUGGGGGAAGGGGAUUCUGUCUCUAGGAAAUCACAAAGGGCAUACCACUGCAGGGAAUGUAAACAAUUCUUUGUUGCAACAGACAAGAUUUAAAAAAUAAAAAUAAAAAAGGAUGCAUUUUAGGUACACAGGGUAUGGACGCAUUCAACACUUACUUUUAUCUCUGCAGAUGCUGACCUCCCCUUGGUGCAGGCAGUUGGGCCUUUCCAACUCAUGCUAACAAAGGUGGCAUUUGCAUUCAUUUCAAUGAGAAUUUCAAGUACUGAAGAUGAAAAGUUGGGGAGAUUCAUGUUUGAAAAAUGAACAAAAAAAAUCCACCUUGUGCAGUGAGAUAGCUAACAUUGAUAUAUCAGGAAUACUUUUAAACAAUUUUUGCUGUCAUGUGUAGCUUUAUCGUCUCAGUUACGGACCCAUAAAGAUAUUAACUAUAUCUUGUGAAUAAAGAUCGUUCUUGUGGACUAGUACGUGGAUGCAUCCACAGGCUGUGGGAAGUAGUGUAUGUGUGUGUGUAGAUAUCAACAUUUUAUGUUUAUAACUCUGCAUAUUAAGUUUAUAUAGAAAAAAUAAUGUUUCUUUAGUGUUUGGGGGACUAAAUUGUAAUAGGGCCAUUCCGGUGUAACCUGACUGCUCACUGUAGAGAACAUUUCUGUUAUACACAGCACACAUACAAACAUACACCUCUAAAGUGUAGCUAACUGCUCCCACUUUACAUAAUUGCUGCUUAAAAAAAACCCUAAGUAAUGGAGGAAGAAAUAGCAUUCUUUUUAAAGGGGAUUUUCUGAAGAGUAAAAUGUAAAUACAGGACAUGUGGGGAGGGUGGGGCCCCCUGCAAAAUGUCCUGAAGAUGGACAAAUAGCCUUUUAAAUUCUACUUUUUAACCAUCUUUACCGUGUGUGCCUAUUUGUAUUGCAGAUGUGAACUACUAUUUUUGGAGGCUGAUCUCAGUAUGUUUUGAAACUGAAUUAUUACAUAAAAUCAGAGUAACCUCUUUCUUCAUCCUCCUUUUCCACACUAACUAUUCUUGCCAAAUAUUUCUACUGAUACCCAGUUUCAGCAAGGCGAAAUGGCGGGACUCUCAAACCUCCCUCCUCAUCUUCCCCACCCCUCUGUCUUAUGCCUGGCCUGGCCUUCUGUUAUUUUGUUGGCUUUUCCUAAGUAAGAACAAUUUACUGUAGUAUUUCAAGAUGCCAGUAUUUCAAGUGUAUAUCUAUAAAUUCUUUUUUAAAAAUCUUCGGUUAUACAGUAAUAUCAAUUAAAACAGAAGAGCGAGUCUAAGUCUGUAAUAUGCUAUAGGACCAGAUAAGAUUUUGAGUGAGUCUACACUUGACUGCCAUAUUUUAUUAAAUGGGAAUUGGGACGUUAUGGUGGGAAAUGGCUGAGAGCAAGCUACCUGUGUAGUCAUGUAUCAUUAGAAACACCAAAUGCUGAAUCCUAUCACUGUGUUCUGGGGGCCAGGCCUUGGAUUUGGUUGUCAUUUAAACUCCUUGAAGAUUAUAUGUAAUUAUAAUGAGCAGAAGGCAAAUAAAGUUUUUGAACAAAAGUACUUGUUUUCAGUAUUUAAAAUUUGGUAAUACAUUUUCUCUUUCAGUUAAACUGUCUUCCCCACAAAAAUUAUUAUACUACAAACAAAUUAUGGGUGAGACUGAGAAUCUUGAAGAAGCUGGUUUUUAAGCAGCUCAUAUAAAAUGUUGUGUUAAAGAAAUUGUUAUUGUUUCCUGUCGGGAGGCCAAAAAGAAAAAAAAACCAAUAACAACAACAAAAAGAAAUUGUCAUGAUUCUUUCUGAGCCAAACUGUCACUAAAAUGUUCUGUGACAGAACCAGUAGUCUUUUUUCUGCCAUUCUGCCUAUUGGGAGAAUUCUAUGUUGUAUUUGUUUUUAAUCCUUGAUUUUAAAAAUAUUAAUGGUUUUAGUGUUGCUUAGCUUCAGUUUGAAGUACAACUUUCACUAUUAACUGCAAUAAAAAGAAAAGCUUUGCUCUUAAA